AGUAAUGAUGACGCGGUGCCGGGUUCAUAUGAUUCGAGAAACAGCGUCAGUGACACGUCUUGGGAGGCAGUGGAUGAGCCUAGCACCAUGCCGACAAGGUGGAUUCCAGACCACGCCGCCGUUCGCUGUAUGGGUUGUGAUUGCGAGUUUUGGGUCAUUAACCGGAAACACCACUGCAGAGCGUGCGGCAAAAUCUUCUGUGCAGACUGUUCGAGUUUCGAAUGUCCGGUACCCGACGAACAAUUCUACGAACCAGUUCGUGUGUGUAAUAGUUGUUUUAUGGAGCUGCAGUCGCAGCGACAGACCUUGGUUAAGUAGUUUUACGUUGAAAUAAAU